GGUAUCGGCUAUGGAAUCGUGCUUAUUACUGGGCUAGUUCCACACUUCGGGCUCAUGAAGUCAAGCAGCCGCUUGCCACCGGGCAUUGCUGCCGGCUCAGGAUGGGCACAACUGGAUAUUGUUACCAGUGUGCCAUUUACGAAAAGAGCUGAUGCUGUCAGGCUACAGCAGCAACAGCAAGCAUCCCGACAGCGCCCGCGUCGCGAUAAGUUCCGGGUUCUGCUGGCUUGCAUCGCAAUCGGCGUGGUGCUGUCCAUCUCCAUCACCUGGUACCUGCAACGCCAGCUACCAGAAGUUCAAAAACGCGUUCAGGAGUCUCAAGCCUUGACCGCCCCUCCCAGCCGCUCGUUCUGCAGCAGGUCCCGCCCUCCUAUGGUUUGCGCACACGGUGGUGACACGCGGCACGCUCCCCCCAACACCGCUGCCGCCUUCCGCGCCGCCCUGGCCGCGGGUGUGGACUGUGUGGAGGUGGAUGCGGCGCUGUCGUCUGACGGGGUGCUGGUGGUGACGCAUGUGCGGGAGUUGGCGCAGCUGACGGGCAGGGCGGGGGUGCAGGCCGGCGACCUGACCUCCUCCCAGCUGCUGUCGCUGCGGUGGCCGGGCGGCGAGGGGCUGCUGCGGGUGGAGCAGGCGGUGGCGCUCACCUCGCCCUUCGUGGACUGCGUGACGCUGGACGUGAAGACGUACAAUGACGAGGCCGGCCGUCCGCUCGACGAGGCUGCCAUCUCCUCUGCGCUGGUGUCUCUGGUGCACUCCACCCGCUGCGGCAACUGCCUCAUCUGGGCCAAGAGCGAUGCGGUGGUGCGGCGCAUCCUGCAGCUGUCGCCGGGCCAACGCACUGGGUACAUUCUGAUGAACGAGACGCAGGAGGCGCGCAGGCUGGGCAUGCACCACCCGCUGCGCUUCAGCACCUCGCCCGACCGCCGCCGCCGACUGGCCGCAGAGGCAGCAGCUGCUGCUGCGGACCGGGGUGAGGAUGCGGAUACCGCAUAUGAGGACGACGGCAAUGGUGCGGAUUCAGGACAGGGCCUGGAGCAGGGCGUAAAGCAACAAGGGCAGCAACAGCAGGGGGGCGGUCAGCAGCCGUAUUACCAGCAGCAGCCUCAGCAGCAGCCGGGAGUGGUGGGUGUGCACAUGGACAUGGUGGAGGCGGGUCUGCUGGAGCUGCUGCAUGGGGAGGGUAAGCAGCUGUUUGCCUGGACCAUCAACCGCCCCGAGGUGCUGCGUCGGGUGCUGGAUGUGGGGGUGGAUGCGGUGGUGACCAACCACCCCGCAACCGCCCUGGAAGCCAUUGAAACAAGGUUGGCGAGGUGCGGCAGCGGCGGCGGAAGCAGCAGCAGGGGAGGAGGAGGAGGAGGAGAGGGCGGAGAAGGGGAGGCGCCACUGAUCAGAAGCCGAAGCAGCAGGGGGAAGGAACGAAGAAGUGGUGGCAUCAGGAGGAGCAGCACUGGGGGAAGCGGUGGAGACUACCUGUGAUGCGAUGUUGUUGGUUGUGCCAGCCAGCUAAAACAAAACACAACCUGUCGCGCAACCUGCUCCUCCCAGGCAUCUCAGCAGCAGCAGACAACGAGCAACAACAACAACAACAACAACAGCUCCAACAACACUCCUAGCAGCAGCAGCGAACAGCCGCGAGCAGGCUCUUCAGUCCAUUUGCAGGGCCCAUGCCGCCUCACUUCCCGGAUGCUUUUGCUUCUUCUUCACGCACAGCAGCCCCCCCAAGGCAGCCGCCCCUCUCACACCACCCCUCCCGCAUGCGGGUCACUGCCCCGCUGCUGCUCGUCACCGCUGCUCCCCUCCGCUUGCAGCAGCCCCCAGACGUAAAUACUGAACCCAAACAACUACCCUGCUGCAACCCUGCUGCUGCUGCAACCCUGCUGCAACCCUGCUGCAACCCUGCUGCAACCCUGCUGCUGCUGCUGCUGCGCUGCCACACCUGCCACCCGGUGGGCCUGCUUGCAGCCAGCCCCCGUGCAGCCAGCCUGAGCACCCAUGCACCCCCUACCUACCCGUACCUACCUACCCGUACCUUCGGGUACAUACACACGAGGUAGCCCACCUAACAGUCCAGUACGUUCCUCCUCGCGGCCAGUGUUUCUGAACACACACGCCAGCCCCCCCCCCACACACACACCAGCUACCACGCUGCAACGACGACGGUGACAGGCAGGGGAAACCGUACACCCACCGGUACCACAUUCCGUUGGUGUCGGGUCCAUUGCACCCCCUAGCAGCUCGGACGCAUGCCAUGCGGAGGCGGGUAGCGGGGUAGUAGCAGCAGCAUAUGGUAGCAGCAGCAGCUGCGGCGGAGGCGGCGGCAGCAGCUGCGGCGGCGGAGGCGGCGGCAGCAGCUGCGGCGGCGGAGGCGGCGGCAGCAGCUGCGGCGGCGGAGGCGGCGGCAGCAGCUGCGGCGGCGGAGGCGGCAGCAGCUGCGGCGGAGGCGGCGGCGGAUGCAGCAGUUGUGGAAGCCGCUGCGGUGCAGUCCACCCCGGCCAAUCACCGUUAGGGGCCAGAGGAGGUCCGCUGCGUUGGGGUUCCGCUCCUCAUCCCUCCCUCCUGCUGACACUGCAGCAGCAGCGGCUGCUGCUCCUGCUGCAGCUGCUUCCGGUGUCCCAUGCCCCGCCCAUGCAGCCCAUGCGCUGUAGGUGGCAGCGGGGAGCAGCAGGAGGUGCGACGGACGCCGUUCCGUGGACUGCACGUACGCGUGUCCCCCCCCCCCGAUUGAAACGCUCCGCCGGCAGGGCUUUAGCCCGUCAUGUCAUGUCAUGUCAUGUCACGCACCCAUGCCAUUACUCGGCCUCCUCCACGUACCCUCCCCACCGCCGGGCCCAAUCGAAUGGCCGGCCUCCGGGCCUCUGAAGCCUUCUGCCCCGGUAGUGAAUCAUAGUUGUAUUCUGGGUCCGCAGGCAUGUAGUGUUAUCAUGGUAUGGAGCGUGUCUGACAGUACGGAAAUACGGCAGUACUGUAGUUAGGUAGUAUGGUAGUGCUGCCCUUCUUCAACUUUGUACUUAUGAUUGCUUGUUGCUGUUGUAGCGCACGCCACGCAUAUGUUGAGGUGAUGUGGCACCUAACAACGCAUGUGUGUGGAAAACGCCUAAAGCUUGCGCGCCGUAAUUCUUACAUGAGGAGAGGCGGUAGAAGUUGUCACUUUGGCCAUAACACUGGUAGCAGUAGCACAUUAGCAAUGGUGCUUGUUGGGCGCAUGUACUGUACCGUAUACUGUGGCUCUGUGAGACAUACGGGUUGCCGGUACUAGGUUGCUGAUGGGUGGCCGGAAUUCGGGCGGGUGACCGGGACUCCGAUGGGCGGUGGGCGGCUUUCCCGCUGCUCUUCCAAUACUCGCAUGGCAUG